AUGGAAGGAAAAAAAAAACGUCCUUUAUUUUUUCUCCUAGUUUUAUUAUUGUCACACAAGGCUAAUAAUGUAUUAUUUGAACGAAUGAAUGGAAUCCUUUUACUAGAAUGCGAAAAUGAAUACGUGAAAAAUGAAAAUGGUUAUAAAUUAGCUACAGGACAUCAUUAUAUGGACAACGAUCAAAUAGAACAAUGGUUACAAGGAACUGAUAGAAGCAGAAGAGUGAAGAUUGAGGAAAAUGUAAAAUAUAAAUAUAACGUAGAGGAACUAAAUACAAAAUAUGAACAAAUGAAAGGAAAAAGAAUUAACCGCAUUUUGAAGGAAUCCACUUACGAGGCGCAAAAUGUUGCAGACAACAAUUAUAUAGAUGAUAAAGCAAAUGGGGAACAUAAAACUGAUAAUAAAACUAAUAAGGGGGAAGGUGCAAGGAAUAUGGUCAUGUUGGAUUAUGAUAUAUCUGGCAGUGGCCACCCAGAUGGGAUCAUUGAUAAUGUUGUUGAAUUGGGAACUGAGGAUGAGGGGAAUUUUCUUGAAAAUUCCUCAAAAGGCGGUGACCAUCCUUAUCGUAUGAAUCGAAAGGAAAGAAUGUCUAAUGGAGUUAUUAAUCAAACUUUUCUUCAAAACAAUGUAAUGGACAAGUGUAAUGAUAAGAGAAAACGCGGGGAAAGAGAUUGGGACUGUCCAGCUGAGAAGGAUAUUUGUAUAUCAGAUCGAAGAUAUCAAUUAUGUAUGAAGGAACUUACGAAUUUAGUAAAUAAUACAAGGACACAUUCUCAUAAUGAUAUAACAUUUCUGAAAUUAAAUUUGAAAAGGAAACUUAUGUAUGAUGCUGCUGUGGAGGGCGAUUUAUUAUUAAAGAAGAAUAACUACCAAUAUAACAAAGAAUUCUGUAAGGAUAUAAGAUGGGGGUUGGGGGAUUUUGGAGACAUAAUUAUGGGAACUAAUAUGGAAGGUAUUGGGUAUUCCCAAGUAGUGGAAAAUAAUUUGCGCAGCAUCUUUGGAACUGAUGAAAAGGCCAAGCAGGAUCGUAAACAAUGGUGGAAUGAAUCUAAGGAACAUAUAUGGAGAGCAAUGAUGUUCUCAAUUAGGAGCAGAUUAAAGGAGAAAUUUGUGUGGAUUUGUAAAAAAGAUGUUACGUUAAAAGUAGAACCCCAGAUAUACAGAUGGAUUCGAGAAUGGGGAAGAGAUUAUAUGUCAGAAUUACCCAAAGAACAGGGGAAACUAAAUGAAAAAUGUGCUAGUAAAUUAUACUAUAAUAAUAUGGCAAUAUGUAUGUUGCCUCUGUGCCAUGAUGCCUGUAAAUCAUAUGAUCAAUGGAUAACAAGGAAAAAAAAACAAUGGGAUGUUUUGUCAACAAAAUUUUCAAGUGUAAAGAAGACACAAAAAAUCGGGACGGAAAAUAUCGCAACAGCUUAUGAUAUACUAAAACAGGAAUUAAAUGGAUUUAAAGAGGCGACUUUUGAGAAUGAAAUUAACAAACGUGAUAAUUUAUAUAAUCAUUUAUGCCCUUGUGUCGUGGAGGAGGCUAGAAAGAAUACCCAGGAAAAUGUGAAAAAUGUAGGAAGUGGUGUUGAAUCUAAGGCAGCCAGUUCUAAUCCGAUAACUGAAGCUGUAAAAAGUAGUAGCGGGGAGGGGAAGGUUCAGGAGGAUUCUGCACACAAAAGUGUUAACAAAGGUGAAGGUAAGUCUAGCACAAAUGAAGCUGAUCCAGGUUCUCAAUCAGGUGCUCCUGCUUCUCGUAGUGUAGAUGAGAAGGCAGGUGUUCCUGCUCUAUCAGCUGGUCAAGGUCAUGAUAAAGUUCCCCCUGCUGAAGCUGCUGCUACAGAAUCAGCUGUUCUGCAUUCAGCAGACAAAACUCCAAAUACAGUAACAGAAGAAAAUAAGGAAGGAACCCAGAUGGAUGGUGCUGCGGGUGGAGAUGGUAAGGCUCCUGGUCCAACUGUUUCUUCCGAUGUUCCUAGUGUUGGGGGUAAGGAUAGUGGUCCCAGUACCUCUGCGUCCCAUGCUCUCGCUGGGGAAAAUGGUGAAGUUCAUAAUGGCACUGAUACUGAACCUAAGGAAGAUGGUGAGAAGGCUGAUCCCCAGAAAGAUAUAGAAGUAAAGGGUAAGCAAGAUACAGAUGAUAGGUCACAGGGGUCACUUGGGCCACAUACUGAUGAAAGAGCAACUUUGGGGGAAACUCAUAUGGAGAAGGAUACAGAAACCGCAGGAGGUAGUACUCUCACUCCCGAACAGAAUGUUAGUGUUGCUUCUGAUAAUGGUAAUGUUCCUGGAUCUGGCAAUAAGCAAAAUGAGGGUGCAACUGCGUUGAGUGGAGCUGAAAGUUUGAAAUCAAACGAAAGUGUACAUAAAACUAUUGAUAAUACAACUCACGGUUUAGAAAAUAAAAAUGGAGGAAACGAAAAGGAUUUUCAGAAGCACGAUUUUAUGAAUAAUGACAUGUUGAAUGAUCAAGCAAGUUCUGAUCACACAAGUUCAGACCAAACAAGUUCUGAUCAUACAAGUUCAGAUCAAACAAGUUCAGAUCACACAAGUUCUGAUCACACAAGUUCUGAUCAAACAAGUUCAGAUCAAACAAGUUCUGAUCAAACUAUAGAUACAGAAGGACAUCACAGGGAUAAUGUCAGAAAUCCUGAAAUAAAGAGUUCGGAAGAUAUGAGUAAAGGGGAUUUUAUGAGAAAUUCAAAUAGUAACGAAUUAUAUAGUCAUAAUAAUUUGAAUAAUCGUAAAUUAAAUAGAGACCAAUACGAACACAGAGAUGUCAAAGCAACAAGGGAAAAAAUUAUCCUUAUGUCUGAAGUAAACAAAUGCAAUAAUAGGGCAUCCGUAAAAUACUGUAACACUAUAGAAGACAGAAUGUUAUCGAGCACUUGUUCAAGGGAGAGGAGUAAAAAUUUAUGUUGUUCAAUAUCGGAUUUUUGUUUGAAUUAUUUUGAGCUCUAUUCUUAUGAAUUUUAUAAUUGCAUGAAAAAGGAAUUUGAAGAUCCAUCAUACGAGUGCUUUACAAAAGGAAGCUCCACAGGCAUAGUUUAUUUUGCCACGGGGGGAGCGUUUCUGAUAAUACUGCUACUAUUUGCCUCAUGGAAUGCAGCCUCGAAUGAUUAUGAAGAAGAAGCUACAUUUGAUGAGUUCGUGGAAUAUUCUGAUGAUAUUCACAGAACCCCUCUAAUGCCUAACGAUAUUGAGCACAUGCAACAAUUUACACCCCUGGAUUAUUCAUAA